CCUGACUAAACCCUUGUGUUUACAUUUGUCAAGAUGGCGGCUGGGAUGUAUUUGGAGCAUUAUUUAGACAGUAUAGAAAAUCUCCCCUUCGAGUUGCAGAGAAACUUUAAUUUGAUGAGAGAUCUGGAUCAGCGCACAGAAGAUCUGAAGGGACAGAUAGAUUCCUUGGCCAAAGAGUACACAGCCAAUGCCCGGACUCUAUCCUCUGAGCAAAAGCUGUCCAUACUGAGGCAGAUUCAGCAGUCAUACACUAAAUGCAAAGAGUUUGGGGAUGAUAAAGUUCAACUGGCCAUGCAGACCUAUGAAAUGGUCGACAAACACAUCAGACGUCUAGACACAGACUUGGCCCGGUUUGAGGCGGACCUGAAGGAAAAGCAAAUUGAGAGCACGGAUUAUGAUUCCACCUCUAGUAAGGGGAAGAAAGGUGACUCCAGACAGAAAGAAAAAAAAUCAGCUAAAACUAGGUCUAAAGUGAAGAGUUCAGAUGAAGAUGGCAGUCCCAAGAGUGCACAGAAAAAAGUAAAACUCCUUCAGCCAGGCGAAUUCAGCAGCCCGUCUUCCAACUUUGGGAAUGUGCAUCCGUCUGAUGUGCUGGACAUGCCAGUGGAUCCCAAUGAACCUACGUACUGUCUGUGUCAUCAGGUUUCCUAUGGUGAAAUGAUUGGCUGUGAUAACACUGAUUGCUCCAUUGAGUGGUUCCAUUUUGCAUGUGUGGGUCUCACCACCAAACCAAGAGGGAAAUGGUACUGUCCACGAUGCUCUCAAGACCGAAAAAGAAAAUAAGCCAUCUGGCUGCCCUGGGGAAAAUAAAGUGGAAAUGAAACUGGCCUUUCUACACUAGUUGCUAGACAGGUUUUUUUGUUUAUUUGUGAGUGUGUUUGUUUUUCCUCAUCUACUUUAACAUUUGGUGCUUUUUUCUUUCUUUUUUAGUUUAUGCAUUUGCCUUGGUCUGAUUCAAGUACGCGAAGGAGCCACAUGGUUACAAAUGUAUUUAAAUAUCUUUUUUUUUUAAUUGUUAAUGAUUUUUGUUUUUUUCCCCAAGUUUCCUAUGGUGCUCUUAUUGUGACUUUUCUUGAUAUUUUGUUUCGCAACACUACAACUGUCCUAAUGGUGCCAACAGCUUAUGAUUCCACGACACUUAAGCUGUAUACAUACCUACUACGAUACAUUUUGAUUUAUUCUCAAUGCAAAAAAAGUGUUGUGUAGUUAGUUUCUUGGGUUUAGUCUUGAAAACACUAGUUUCACUUUUUUUUCUUCUUCUUCUUAGUAUAACAACCAGGGCAAAUGUAAUGAGGACAAAUGCUGCAUCCGGACAGUAUUAAUCAUUUGUUGUUGUGAGUUAAACUUUUUAUUUUUAAACAACUGAUUGGGUGCUGUAUAGAUAGCAAGACUUUUUGUGAAGAAGUGGUUAUUUCUGUAGCUGAAACAUUGGUACUGGGGAGAAGGGGUGAUUGUGUUGUCAAUCAUUUGAAUACAGCUACUACCUCGAAAAAAAACAAAAA